AAUGCAAUGAGUAAUGAUACCUACAGAACACGUCCUGCUGCUGCAGUCAUGUUGGUUUGUUGUAUGGAUGACUGAAGAGAAGGAUCCCUCGUAUGGCGGUUUCUGUAAAUUGUGAACCUGCAAUUACAUGUGUUUCAGGACAAGAAAAAAUGUCAACUAAAAUUAAUGUUUGUGAAUGUUGUUUUAGGUUGUCUUUAGAUCUCAGAAUUCAUCCCAGGUCCCGUUAUUUUCUGAUAAUUUAUUUUCUUUUGAUUUAUUUGUAAGUACAUGAGAUAUAAAUACUUUUCCUCGUGGAAUUACAUUAUAAAAUAGCAAAGAGGGGGGCAAAAAAUCUAGAAGAUGCGUAAAAAUACGUGUACUGUAAGGUAACUGUUAGGCGAAUGACGAUCAAUAUAUGUAUUAUUUCUCUUUUGCUUUGGAGAUAUUUUCUAAGAGGUUGGACAAGUUGGUCAUUAUAUGUUAAAAGAGAGAGAGAUUUAUGUUCACAAAUAAUCUUAGCUUGUAGUCUUUUCGUGCAUGUCUUCCGCUAUGUCUAGUGUAUGGUCCACAAUACAUGAUAGUUUAUUAAGGGGCAGAACAUUAAUGAGAUCUUGAAAGAAGUACAAGUUUGAGGGCCAUUAUGCUGUGGAAUUCCUCCCAAUUUUUUAAUCAAAACAGUUUGUCCAUUUUCAUUAUUUGUUUCUCAACUACAUGAAAAAGAUGAGGCAAAUCUGGGAAACCCUUAGUUAGCAGUGAGGCCCUUCUCUGGUAAAAGCUUUCCUAGACUACUAAAGAGUCAUGCGCCGUUCUGGACACCAUUCAAGAGGAAUCCACCACUCCUAUAAACGCCAAAAAUUAAGUUUCAUGGUUUUUUGACAUAGAUUCUUGCACCCACUUUAUUCCUUUGCCAUAGCCAUAUAUAUGUACCCCCAGCUUCCUUCCUGUCAUGUACCAUAAUCUUUUUCUUCUCCUAGCACAUGCAAAAUGAGCACUAAACCAAGCACAAUACCCGGCUUGUUUUGUAGCAAUAUCCUCCUGGUUUUUCUUCUUAGUCUUCAAUGUUCUUCUCAGAAGUCCUGUUCCAAUUGUGGCUCCAUUGAGAUCCCAUAUCCUCUAAGCACAAACCCCAAUUGCGGUGACCCGGAUUACUCCCUCCGUUGUGAUCCCCACUCUCAGAAACUCUAUUUUGUUGCCCUUAAUGGAAGUUCUUAUGCUGUAGUCAGCAUCAUGGCUGCAUCUCAACGCAUGGUGGUGCAACCAUCGGCGUGGCUGCCUGACAGAUGUGUCACUCAAGACAUGCUGGUGAGUGAGGGCCUCUGGUUGAACCAAUCUCUCCCUUUUAACAUAACUUCAUCCAACACCAUCUUCCUCUUCAACUGCUCCCCCCGUCUUUUGGUAUCUCCUCUCAAUUGCACUACUUCUAGCCUUUGUCACCGUUUCUUGGAGAGUUCGGGACAAGUUGACAAAAAUCGAGCGCUUCAAUGUGCGAGCGGUCUUGACCCUUGUUGCACCUUUAUUGUGGGUGGGAUACCUUCAGCAUACAAGAUAAGGCUUCAUAGUUCAGGUUGUAGAGCCUUCAGAAGCAUCCUUCAUCUGGAUCCUGAGAAGCCUGCAAGCCAAUGGGAAGAGGGGUUGGAAAUUCAAUGGGCUCCCCCACCGGAACCAGUUUGUAAAUCACAGCUUGAUUGCUCCGGGGCUUCCAAGUGUUCAGCUGCUGGUUUAAAUGGCCAACUCCGGUGCCUUUGCAAUAAGGGAUACCUCUGGGACCAUGGUCUUGGAACUUGCUUGAGAACGAAGAAGAAUAUUAAGGCUGGCCUCAGCUUAAAGGUCUCCAUAGGGAUAAUCUCCUUUUUCUCUCUAGCACUAGUCAUGACCGCUGUCACCGUAAGAAGAUCUUGCAGAUGUCUCUCGAACCAGGCAAAAAUGGCAAAAGCUAGAGAGAAGAUGUUAAAAUCGAGCAAUGGUGGCAAAUCUGCCAGAAUGUUUCACUUAAAAGAGAUGAAGAAAGCAACAAAAAACUUCUCUAAAGACAGAGUUUUAGGUAGUGGUGGUUUCGGGGAAGUCUACCAAGGUGAGCUUCAAGAUGGGACAGUUGUGGCCGUUAAGUCAGCUAGAGUGGGCAACAUCAAAAGCACGGAACAAGUUCUGAAUGAAGUUGGGAUACUUUCUCAAGUCAAUCACAAGAACCUUGUCAGACUCUUGGGUUGUUGCGUGGAAGGGGAGCAGCCCUUAAUGAUCUACGAGUUCAUCUCAAAUGGGACCCUCCAUGACCAUCUACAUGGUAAGUUUUCCACUCUCCUGGACUGGAAAACGAGGCUAAGAAUUGCUUUACAAACUGCUGAAGCAUUGGCUUAUUUACAUACUGCGGCAUACACUCCCAUCUACCAUCGCGAUGUCAAGUCCACAAAUAUUCUAUUAGAUGACGACUUCAAUGCAAAAGUUGCAGAUUUCGGGCUCUCCAGAUUGGCUGACCCAGGGCUGAGCCAUGUAUCGACCUGUGCUCAGGGAACAUUGGGGUACCUGGACCCUGAGUACUAUCGCAACUACCAGUUAACUGAUAAAAGUGAUGUUUACAGUUACGGGGUCGUGUUGCUUGAGCUUCUGACCUCCCAGAAGGCCAUCGACUUCUCGCGUGAUCAAGAUGAUGUGAAUUUAGCCACUUACGUGGGCCAAAGGGCCAACACUGGCGCAAGCAUGGAAGUUGUGGAUCAGCGGCUUCUUGGCAAGGAGCCCACGGGCGAUACACUGACAAGCAUAAAGCUCUUCCUAGAGCUUGCACUUUCCUGUCUCAGAGAGAAGAAGGGAGAUAGGCCUGGAAUGAAGGAUGUUGUUCAAGAACUGCAGUGCAUAAUCCAAAUCGUUGAUCAGGAACAGUUAAAGGUGGUGGAAAUAACUCCAAGAGGAGGCCGAUUAAAGUGAUUCCAAGGAUCGAUGGAUUUGAUCAAUGAAAGGAAAGACAUAAAGCAGGAAAGAUUGGGAUCAGAUGCUUGCAGCUUACUUUCCACAGAAAGUGUGAAAUGUUCCACAAGACAUGGACUUGGAGUUAUGGGGUUAUUGGAAUCAAAUAGGGCGUACCAUGAUUGUUUCUCUGGGGAAAAAGCAAACCAACUUUUCAAAAUGGGGAAAGCAAUUACAGAUGUUUUGAAUUUGAAAAUCAGAACCGUCAAAAAAUGGAAUGCGUUGCUUUAAAGUUAUUAGUAAUGGGUGCUUUAUGUGUAAUCACGUGAAUCAUGAUGCAAAUCAACAUCAAGUUGUAUAAUAUUGUUUAUUGCACCAUAUAUAUUCUCGCCCCU